AACCAUUGGUUCAGAAAGCACCAAGCAUGCAUGCACGCGAUACAAUUCCCUCCCACCCUAUAUUUAUCACUCGUUUAACCUUUCGUACCUCAUUUCGCCUUCAAUGCCAUGCUCUUUAUUAUUCACUAUUUAUUGCAUAAAUAAUUUUCAUCUCUAGAUCGAUCGAGAGCAAUAUGGAACACUUCUCGGCCCCAAGAAGUUCUUCCAAUAGCUUACAGCUCUUGCGGGAGCUGGAAGCACUGAGCGCGUCCCUCGACCGCUCGCCUGCUUUCAACACCUGCAAGGUUGCAUGCUUAGAAUUUCCUGUAGGAAAAACCGGUAGAGGUGAUGGUGCAAUCACCUCGCGGGCCUCGGAACUCCGGUCUAGACACUUGUCGUUCUCCUACUGGCAGUCUAGGGAGAAGAAGCUCGUUGACGACGAUGAUGAGACAGAGAAGAGGAAGACAAAGAGGGGGAUUUUCAGCUUCUGGAAGCCGAUGCGGGCCCUCUCCCACAUCGGCAAGCAGAAGGCGAGUUGUCUGUUCUGCGUUGAGGUGGUGGCGGUUCAGAGCCUCCCCGCUUCAAUGAACGGGCGACACCUUGUGGUGUGCGUCAAAAAGAAUGAUUCGAAAAGCGGAGCCGUGCGGACUUUGCCAUCCAAAGUCUCCAGAGGAGGCACCGAAUUCGAGGAGACGCUAUUCGUCACAUGCCACGUGUAUUUCUCUCCGGGAAGCGGGACGACAAGCGUGAACUUUGAACCACGACCGUUCGUGAUAUUCGCUUUAGCGUUCGAUGGUGCGAGAGAGCUUGAUUGUGGAAGAAGCUAUGUGGAUUUAAGCAAGCUUAUUCAAGAAUCUAUAGAGAAGAGCUUUGAAGACGCACCUAUAAGAAAAUGGGACACGAGCUUCAACUUGUGGGGAAAAGCCGAGGGAGGAAAGGUAAGUCUGAAACUGAGUUUUCAGAUAAUGGAGAAAGAUGGCAUCGGGACGUACAUCCGGGGACGACAGAACGCCGCAGCAAUCAAGAAGGGAGAACGCUCGUGUUCGUUCGCACGGAGACAGUCGAAAACAUCGUUCAGUGUCCUGACGACGAUGCGAGAUUCGAAGACAAGAAGAAUGACGGAAGACAUGCCGGGGGUGGAGUACGAGGUGGUGGACAAGGGCGUGGAAGUGGAAGAGGUUUGCGCGAAGAGGGACGACGCAGUUUUGAACGAGGUUGUGGUCAAGGAAGUUAUGCAUCAUCAUCAUCAUCGUUGUAGUGAUGGGAAUAAGUUGAGGUUUCGUAUGGCUGUGCUUGAUUCCAUUGCCCAACAAAUCAAAGAACUGGAAUCCGUCUUGUUGGGAGACAAAGGCCACUACUGGCGGGAUAAACAAGGAGAAGAAGAAGAAAUGAUCACAAGGGAGUUUAUUGAAAAGCUUCAUGAUGAUGAUGAUGAUGAUGAUGAUGAUGAUGAGAAGGAGGAUUCAGAAGAAGAAGAAGAAGAGAGUAAUAAUUGGUCAUUAGCAGAACUUGGGGAUGGACUGGGAUGCGUUGUUCUAACAAGGAAUGAAGGUUUCCUUGCUUCCAUCAAUCCUCUUAGGCAUCAUAAGCAGGUAGGAAAUAACGUUGCAGCAGUAGGGGCAAAAAGGGAAGGCCCGAGACUGGCCAUGCAGAUGUCAAAACCACUGGUUCUUAAUACUCGUCCUCAGCGGCAAUCAGACGACGGCGCAGAUAAUGGGAAGGCGGCGGGGAUGAAUAAUGUUAUGGAGGCGUUGCAGAGGAUGGCGGCGGGUAUGGGAGUGGAAGGGAUGACCUCUCUCCUUUCCACUUUGAUGCCCAUUGAGGAGCUUAUGGGAAAGAGUGCAGAGCAGAUUGCCUUUGAAGGCAUUGCCUCUCAAAUCCUUCACCAACGAGGAAAAGGGAACCCCUCCACCAUGGCCCAGACCUGCCGCAGUCCCACCUCCUCCUCGAGUUCUUUUAUGCGCACGUUAGCUGUGGUCAAAUCGAUGGCAAAUGCGAUGAACAGGGGAGACAAGAGCCAGGAGAGGUGCACGACGGCGGCUGAUGUUUUAGGCUUAUCAGUGCGGAAACUCGAAGAGGUGAUCGUCGAAGCCUUGAAAAUCCAAGCCGGCAUCGACGAUGAAGAAGUGGAAGAAGCGCUGCCGCCGCGCUUUGAUGUUUCAUCAUCGUCGUGUGACAACGGAGUCGCCACUCUUUUCGAACGCGCGGUCUCGCUCCAAGAGUGGCUAACGAGAGGGAACGAUGAGGACGGGAACAUAGACAUAUGCUUCGUCGUCCAGCUGCGGGACCCGCUCAGGCAGUACGAGGUGGUCGGAGGUCCAAUGCUCGUACUAGUCCAUGCUGUUAGCAACUCUGGUGGUGGUGGCGGGGGAGAGGAGAAAACCGGGCCGGUGGAACGGUUGGAAAUAGGAGAGUUGCACGUCGUGGGCAUACUGAUGAAAGGGAGCGGUGGUGGUGGUGGUAGCAGCGGCGGUGGUGGAGGAGGGGGUUGGGGUGGAGGAUUGAUAAUAUUUCCUCAUCAAGCAAAAAAGGAUGAUAGUAGUGCAGCUGGUAAUAAAAAUGUGAUGUGGAGUAUAUCCUCCUCAUUAGGUAGAUCAUAUUCAUCAUCAAUUGCAGCAGCUGAUGAUGGUGAUCAUGUGUGGCUCAAACCAUUGAGAAACCCAAAUGUCAUGUUCACUAAUUAAUUAGAUGUUCAUCAUCAUCAUAAACAUAUGGACUAUGCUAGGGUGCCACCACAUGGGUGCUACCAUGAGUACACUCAUGCUUCACACAGACGAUAAUUAUCUGUGCGACACAGACAAUUAUCGUCUGUGUUUGUCUAUGUGAAGCAUGGGUGCACCCAUGAUAUCACUCAUGUCGUGGCACCCUAGCAUUUUCCUAAACAUAUUUCUAUGCUCUAUGCAAUCUAUACUUUCUCACUCACAAACAUAAUACUUUUUCCUAAAUUAAUUACUUACAUACGGAGUAGAACAUUACUUCUUCUCUCGCUUUUGAAUCUGUUUACUUAUCAUGCAACACUUUGAUCAUUGUAUUAUUGUUGUCAAGG